UGUUUUCAUCUUUGUGAUGACAAAAAUGGGUUCUUUCAUUUUUUCUCUCUCUCUCUCUCUCUUCAUGAAAGAACAUGAAAGAAAACAGGAUUUUAACCCCUCAUUUUUGUGAUCAAACCACUAGACCCACCAGCUUCUCCUACUACUCAGGACGUGAGGAUACCGCUGAGGAAGACAUUCAUUUAUUUAGUUCCUCCACUCAUUUAUCUUCCUCCCCCUCGUCUCUAUUUGCCUGACUGGCUGCUGAGCUGACUGCCUCAGCAGCCUGCCUGCCUGCCUGGAUGGUUGGCUCCCUCUCUCUCACUGGACUCUCUCUGGCACUUCACUCACACACUGCGUGAGCUUCGCUGAGUCUGGAGUGGAGAGAGACAGUCAGGCUGCUCAGGCUUUUGGAAGUGGGAAUCUCUGCUGGAUUUUGUCUCUCUGCCUUUUUUGUUUAAUGGACUAUUACAUGAGAGCAGAGGAAAUUUCACACUCUCUUUCCUCCAGCACUGACCACUGACCAUCACUACUGUGCUGCAUCCAUGACUUUACAUACCUGGCUGGUGUACGGGCUUGGAUUUAUCUUGGUUUGGGCACUUUGCUUAACACAGGUCAAAGGGCUGCAGUGCUAUGGCUGCAACAUCAUCCAGGGCCAGAGGUACGUGGACGUGGGCUGCUCCAACCCAGAGGUCAUCACCUGCACCCACUCACACAAAGGCUUCAAACACCGCUUCUGCAUCAAGACAGAGAGCACGGCCCUGGGUAUUGUCCUGACCAGCGGUUGUGCCACAUCCAGACACUGCCAGCAGCAGGAGCUGCCAGGGGUGCGCAUCCACUGCUGUGACUCAGAUCUAUGUAACAGCGCCCCCUCGUGGCAAUCAAGCACACUGCAAUGCAUAGGUGCACUGUUCAGCAUCCUGUUGCUGAGGAUGUGGUUGUGAUAUGGAGGAAAAGGAACACUAAUGGACAAUGGGUAAAAUGUUUUAUAUAAGUAACUCUCAUCUCUCUUCUUAGAUGAUCACGUUUAGGGCUAAAUGAGAGUUUUACUCAGUGAGGUGUUACUGGAUAGCACUUGGAAAUCAUAGCUUUUGUUUCAUUGUACGCUUGGACUUUAAUAGCCUUGUUUCACCAAAACAGAGAUGAAGAUGCAGAAGUCUUCUGUGAUUUUAUUGUGCACACACUAACUGAAGAGUAUAUAUAGUGUUUUGGAAAUCUAUGAAAGAAAGAUCAUAAUAUCAUUAAGUCACUUCAUUAAAAAUGCAGUUUAACACAGAGUUUAUAGAGGCUCAUAUUCACCUGCAACUUAUACAUCAAUCAAUCAAUCAAUCCACUUUCUCUGUAAAGAACUGUUUCUCUUUCUAUAGAUCACAUCUUUGUGAUCUAUAGAAAAUGCAGUAUGUUUUUUGAAGUCACAAGCUACUUACUUUGCCAUAUUGAAGAUAUUUUUUUAGUUGGCCAUCCGGCUCCUAGGCUAAGCUUGGGACUGCACAUUGCAUGUAUUGUGUAGGAUUGUACAGUGAAAGCAUGUCAUGUUGUGAAUUAUUGUAUUAAAAUGUUUCAUAUUUUUCAAA